AUGUCAGAAAAGGAUUACACAACUAAUACCGAUCUAGAAAAUAACACACCAUGCUCUUCGAAAGAUGACACAGGUGCCAUGCAAGAGACACGUGAGUCACAAGAGGCAAUUGGUAAAGUUUAUAGCUGCGGUAAAAAUAAUGAAUACGUCAACAUUGGUAGACAGAAAUUCUUGAAAGCUGAUCUUUAUGAAGCCUUUGGUGGUACUUUAAAUCCAGGUUUAGCACCACCAGCAACGCAUAAGUUUGCAAAUCCAGCUCCGCUGGGGCUCUCUGCGUUUGCAUUGACAACAUUUGUCCUAUCCAUGUUUAAUGCACGGGCUCAAGGUAUUACAACACCAAAUGUUGUAGUCGGUUUAGCAAUGUUCUAUGGUGGUCUAGUACAAAUGAUUGCAGGGAUUUGGGAGAUUGCCUUGGAAAAUACAUUUGGUGGUACUGCUUUAUGUUCUUAUGGUGGGUUCUGGUUAAGUUUUGGCGCUAUUUAUAUCCCAUGGUUUGGUAUCUUAGAUGCAUAUUCAACAAAAGAAUCAGACCUAUCCAAUGCACUCGGUUUCUAUCUCCUAGGAUGGACUAUCUUCACAUUGGGGCUGACCUUUUGCACUUUGAAAUCCACAGUGAUGUUUUUUGCACUAUUCUUCUUACUAUCAGUCACUUUCUUACUCUUAUGUAUUGGUGAAUUUACGGGCAAGUUAGGGUUAACAAGAGCAGGCGGCAUAUUAGGUAUUAUUGUCGCGUUCAUUGCCUGGUAUAACGCUUAUUCGGGUGUAGCUACAAAACAAAAUUCUUAUAUUGUCGCCAAGCCUUGGAGUUUACCAACUAACGAUAAAACUUUAUGGUAUUCGUAA